GAAGUUAUGAUUGGGCAUAUUUAUUUCUCUUCUGCCAGCUCAGCUUUCAAAGCAGUUGUUGGUUGGAAGAAAGAGAGGACCGUUUCAACACUUGUCCAACCUCUCCAUUUAUCAAUUUCUCAUGGAUGAAUUCCAGCUGCUGCUUGCUCUCCUUGGGGGCAUCUGUUGUUCCAUUUUCCUGCUAAAGUGCAUUUGGUUUUUGAAGUAUUUUCUUCCUUACAUAUGGAAUAUUUUGCCUUCAUCUUAUUUUCGUUCAAUGGGAGAAUGGGCAGUGGUCACUGGAGCAGGAGGUGGAAUUGGAAGAGCCUACUCAUUGGAGCUUGCCAAGCACGGAUUAAAUGUGGUUCUCAUAAGUCGGUCACUCAAAAACUUGGAGAAGGUAGCCUUGGAAAUUGAACAAACGACUAAGAGAACUGUGAAAAUCAUACAAGCUGACUUCACAGAAAAUGACAUAUAUGAAAACAUUGAAGAAAACCUUCAAGGAUUAGAAAUUGGGAUUUUGGUUAACAAUGUUGGAAUGCUACCUAAUCGUUUUCCGUGCCAUUUUCUUAAUAUUCCAGACAAAGAUGAGGACCUCAUUAAUUGCAACAUCAUGUCUGUCACUAAGAUGACACGAAUCAUUUUGAAACAAAUGGUGGCAAGGUAAAGCAAUUUUCCAGAUUAUAAUUUAUUUAUUGUUUUCCUCAGGGAAGCUUUUUGAUUUUAAUGAACUUUGGGCUGAUUUUGGUUGGCAUAAAUUACACCAUUUUCCAGAGAAUGUCAUAAU